UAACAACAACAACUGUUUCUUGUGCUUUUUUCGUAUUUUAAAGCCAAUAAAAGCCCCGAAAUGAGCGAAACAACUGAUAUGGAAGCCGUGACAAAGGAGCCUGUGACAGAAACAGCCGAGAGCGCCGAAAAAGUCGUUUCAGAGGCAAUUUCGACGACAGAAUCGGAGCAAGCGGUUGAAGAGUCAACGGAAAAAGCAUCAGAAAAGCCCGAGGAAGAGUCUCAACCGAUGGAAGUUGAAGAAACUGACGCCGAAACGAAAGAAAAUGAGACUCACGAGGAGAAAGAAAAUGACGUGAAAGAAACCGAAGAGGAAGAGGAAGCUGAAGAAGAAAUGCAAACAGCUUCGGAAGGUUCAAAGAGUCCCGAAAAAACAAAAAAUGGAGCCAAAAACGACGAAAAUCUUCUCAGUGAAGAGAAUUUGGAUCGUGAAAGUCCCGAGAUUUGGCCUGAAAAAAUUCCCGGCGUUCAAGAUUUCGUGCAAGAACAUGCAACGGAAGGCUCAUCGCUACCAACUUGGACUAAAGGAUUGACGCAAGAAGAUAUCGAUCAGAUGCACGAACUUGGUGCGAUGUCAAACUCACAAUUAAUUCUGGAAAUUAAAAAGUUGUAUGAUCACGCGUACAAAAUUGGCGUCGAAGAGUCAAAGGAAAUGUCUCGAGGGAAGCUUUUACAAAUUUUUGCCAACUCUAAGAAGAAAUAAAUUCGUAAUCAACUUUAAUUAACCAUAAAAAUACUAAUAAAAGCUCUAAAAUUUCUAAAUUUCUAACAAACCUAACCCGUUCUUAUUUACAUUCUUUCAAGGCAUCGACAGCUUUCUUCGCCGCCUCAUCCAAAUUCGAGACGGAAUGAAUUGGUAAGCCGGAUUCCUUCAAAAUUUUCACCGCUU